AUGAACAGCAACUUGGGCGCCUAUGGCAACCUCUCGCAGCCGUUGGAUGAAUCAGCCGCUCCGUAAGUAUAGACUUGUGGAAUCAAGCGACUUGAAGCGACGCAGCUUUCAUAUCCUCUGACGUGCGAUCUCUCCACGCAGGUCUGCACCUUCAACAUCACAAGUCGCUCAAGCUUCAGGUCGGUACUUGAGAUGGUGCGACAGGCUAUCCGUCCUGCCUGGUGCAAGUCGGUUGGGUACAAAAGAGUGCACGGACGCCUUGCGUAUCAAGAGAGCAGACUACUUGCGGCGCAGGAACGAUGCCUUCCGAGCGCCGGAUGGCAAACUUCCGCCUGAGCUCACCGACGAGGGGGAAGCGGUGCGAAGGAGUGAUCGCAUCGACGCGAGCGUGAGCAACCCGCUUGGGCUGGAAGAAGACGUGAGUGUCAUCUCGAGCGUUUGCGAUGAGUCCUGCAGCAUGAACACACUUCUACAGGAGGCCUAGCCUGAAGCUGAGCCAGUUCUGCUCCCCUUACGCAGAACCCAUGGCGGAGGCAUAUAGCAUCGAUGUCCAUCAUGACUCAAAUCCAAGCCGAUGUGGAGCGCACCUUUCCAGACGAGGAAAUGUUCCAACCCAAAGAGGUUCAGUCUGCCUUGUCUCGCAUCCUCUUCACAUAUUGCUGUCAAAGCGGAUCAGGAGCAGAGACGGGAUACAGACAAGGAAUGCACGAAUUGGCUGCUGUUUGCUGGCUAAUUAGGAGCACAGACUCGACGGAGCCUCAGCAUCAGUCGUCGUCGGAGGGAGAUCAAAAUCUGCAGAGCUCGCUUACUGCUGAUGUGCGGAGCGUGGAAUGUGACACUUAUGCCAUCUUCGAGGGUCUCAUGGCAAGAGCGGGGGUGUGGUUCGAGUGGAAGCAGGACAGGGUGAGUGAGAGGAGGAUCACCUAGACUUGAGCGAAUAAGCACUUAGCGAUCUGCUGCCCACGCUGCCAUCCCAGCCUUCGACGAGCACAGCUGGGCCCAUGAUGCCUAUCAUGCUCGAAUGUGUCGCGGUACACCAGACGCUGAAUCGAUUGGACCCGCAGCUGCACGCUCAUUUGCAAAGCCUCGGCAUCGAGCCUCAGCUUUACCUGCUCAGGUGGAUUCGACUACUCUUCACUCGCGAGGUGAGAAAGAAUAUUUCAACCCUCGUGUGCGCACCUGCGGUCGCCUCGGCUGAUCAUGGACGGGUCCCUGCAUGCAUCACGCUCAGCUGCCCUUGCCCGAUGCUAUCAAUCUUUGGGAAGCGUUACUUAACACAGACCCCACUCUGAAGCUAGCCCGAUUCAUUUGCAUAGCCAUGCUGCUCAGGAUCCGACGACCUCUGCUCGAAUCAAGUUAUGCCGAAGCUUUUACUCACUUGCUCCAUUUUCCCAAGGCCUGCCUCGCCGCAAGAGGGCAGUGGGCGUCAAAUACAACAGAUGCGACGGCUGCUUCGGUGCAGAGUAGAGGUCUAGCACCUUCCUUGCUGGUUCAGCAAGCUCUGGCUCUGAGGGACACUGGUGGCCGCGGGGCGGUGCUGUGCGCGAGACAAAACGAGGUGAUAUUGGGACUCGACGUUCGGACGCCUGAUGUUGCUGCUGCGACCGGCCCCGAGCCGUCCCAACCUCGCGCCCGGCAAUUACCGAAGACUGUUGCUACAGGACGAGUAACAGGGCACAGACCAGGUCUGAGCAGCGACAGCUUCGCCAGACCAUCAUCCGGUCAGAGCCCCGAACAGCUCAACGAGGCGGUACCACCAGCUUCCGCAGGACUGAUACCUGAUGGUAUAGCAGACCUAGCACGGGGCCUGUACUCACGUGCUGAUGCGCUCGGAGUCAAUCGAGCCCUAGUCAGCGCCAUGGGGAAUGUGCAGCGCACAGUGGGGGCUUAUGCGGCUGUGGGCGCCCAACUCGCAGGCCCUGGACGCACCCCUUCAACGCAAGACGAUGGGUUUCCUCCUAGCAUCGAUCGGGUACCGAGGAGCGCUAUCUCGGCUGGAAUUAGUGCGGCGAGCUCGAGUGCUGGGGCUGUACGCGCCUCUAGAGAUCCAACGACGGAGCUGAGCAUGCUCCGAGCUAGCAAUGCUGCGAUGGGACAAGCGCUGAGCGCUUGCAUUGAAGUCUUGGAGAGAAAUUGGUCGAAUGAGACGGAUCUCACGACUUCCAGCACAAAGGCCAAAGAACAAGAGUUGACGGGCGCACAAAUAGAAGUGCUGAUGAGCAUCACCGCUCUGAAACAUACUCGGGACGUGUUGAUGGGCACCGCUGCGGAAUUCGACCCCGCCACUGUCGCUUGGCCAGACGUUCCUACGUCUGAAGCGAUCAAGCCAAGGCCCAAAGUCGCGAACGCUCCUCUCAUUUCACCGCAGGGCGCCAUGACCUCGACCAAUGUCGCAAACCACAGCCAAGAAGCUCCAACUGAGGCCGUUCCGACUCCAAAGCGCUUACCUCGGGCAGGUUCCAUGGGCUCAGUUGCGGUUAGGGACUCGCGCUCAGCUGCUGCCUCAUCACCAGUCGAACCUUUCCCACGGACUGCAAAUUCAAAUGAGCGCUCGACAGAUCGCAGUGGCCUACCCAACGCCAGGGCGUUUGCCAGGCCGCAAGACGAAGAGGGCUACAAUCCAUUGGCUGGAUUCAGAGCUGCAGCAGAGAAUAGUCGCUUUGGUUCCGCUGCGUUCGAAGAGAAGGAGUCGAGCACGAGCGGACCAAGAGCACUUUCGACCUCCCCAUCAUCUGCACAGACAUCCGCCAUGCGUCCUUCGACGCAGACGCAAGCAUCUCCUGCUCCUCCGACAUCUGGCGACCGACGGCAUGAGGUCAAGGCCCUUUCACCGGCUCGGGAGGCUGGUGCGCACAAGAGCGGUCCAGGAGCCGUGAAUGAGACUACACAGUCAAUUUACCCGCCGCCAGCUUCUUCUCCUCGGUUCAGCACUUCGCCCACCGCACCCACGGCUCAAGAUUCAGGAAUAGGCAAACGGUCAGACAAGCUGCGCAGAUCCAACCCUUUUGCAGCAGCACGCAAGCAACAGGUCGUCUUCAAAGAAGAUUCGACGCCUUCUGUCUCCGGAGAUCCUUUGGGCGCCUCAUAA